CGAGGCUAGGCCAAAGAGCUCACCAGGAAAAGUAAAUGCUUGGUACGCUAUGUAUAUGUUGAAAUGUCCACAACAGAGCAAGAUCCAGACCAGGAGGUGGAAGACACGCUGCUGCAAUCAGCCAACUUGCCGCUAAUUGCUCCCAAGCUGGAAGUUGACGAAUGUCUGCCAAGCUGCAGGAAUGACACGAAACUGAAUAUUCAUGCAUGUGCAGAGGCAGGUGACCUCAAUAGUCUGAAGAUGGCUACUUACUUAGGAUCUACAGAUUUCAGUGCUGCUGAUCAUCUCGGACUUACACCAAUUAUGUGGGCAGCUGCUAGUGGAGAGAUCAAUGCUGUUAUGUUUCUAAUGCAGAAUGAUGCUUCUGUCAAUGAAACUGCAUUUUCAAAAUCAGGAGAAACAGCUCUUCAUUUUGCUUGCAACAAUGGACACUACAGACUGGUUAGGCUACUGCUAGAUCUUGGAGCUAAUGUCAAUGCAACAGACUCUCAUGGUGGUACCCCCUUAAUCUAUGCUGCAAACUGUGGACAUUCAAGUGUCGUUCAAUCACUCUUAGAAAACGGAGCUGAUGUGACAUACAAGACCCGUAUUGGCAUGACUGCACUUGACUAUGCAGUGCAUCAAGAUCAUGCAGAAGUGCGAAAUGUGAUCGAAAAGUACUGCUUGAAGGUGCUGUCACAAGCUCACAAUUCAGACAAGACGAAUUGAGCAUUGCAACUUGCUGUGAGAAACAACAGACCAACACUUUUGGCAACAUAAUCAUCAUCAG